GAAGCAAUGCCAAUUUCCCCGCUGUUGUCGUGCCACCGCACCAAGGCUUUCCGAGUGGUUAUCACUCAACUCGAACCACAUUGGCCAUGGCGAAAGAGCGGGCUGUAGCCUCGUGCAUGACGGCUACAAGCAGUCUACACCAGAAGCUUAUGGCAUGGACUUUGGUGCUCCUUGUUGUGACUGCUUUGUUGGUCGGCAAGGCUGUCGCGUCAGUUGAGGCGCCCGACAUGCGUGUUGUUUUCGAUACCACCGAUGGCUCCGCCCUCACCCGUUUUCAACGCUACCUCAUCUCCGAGUACAACAGCGUGGCAAACGCAAGUGCUGGCGAGAGCUUCCUCACCGAGUUCCGGAUCAACUUUCCGGCCGAUCCACAAGUAUAUCAGACCAUGGUCUCCUCGCUCCUCACGCCCGACCUGGUGAAUCUCUACAAUGGGCCCGGCCGUCUCGAGUCGAUCGAUGCCGGACUCUACGUCGACCUCACCGAUGUUUGGGACGAGGUUGGCAUGACAGGCGAUGCGCUUCCGGCUGCCGAGGCCUUUUGCACCGGCGCCGACGGUCGCAAGUACGGCAUGCCCAUCGCCGGCUCGGCCAACCUCUGCAUGUACAACAAAGCCCUUUUUGCCAGCCAUGGCAUCUUUGCGGACGAUCUGCCAACUACCUGGUCGGGCUUCCGGGCUCUCUGCGCCAAGCUCCAGGCUGCCGGCCAGGGCUGCCUCGGCAACGACCUCAGCUUCAUGGCGCCGUCGCCGAUAUUCGACUACCUCUUCAUUCGCAUGCACGGCAACGAGGCUUACGCCUCAUUUGCCUCGUCAAACAUGACGUUUGUCGAUCCGCGCGUCACUGCCACCUUUGACGCCCUACUGACGCUUGUUGGCGACGGCGCGUUUGUCGUCAAGCCAGGAGCGGAGCCGCCAAAUCUUGUCGACGCCUCUGCGCUGGCAACCGGCGAAGCUGCCAUGUUCUGCGGCUUUGAGUCGGUGGCCGCCCUCGCUGUGUUGUUUGGACUGCCCGAGGACGAUCUCGGCGCCUUUCCGUUUCCUGUUGACUACGAUGGGCCGGGCGCGAGUGCCGGGCCGGGCAUGGCCACCGACGCUGCCAUCGGCGGCAUUGUGGUCUACGGCUUGCCCAUCAACUCGCGGCUUGUGGCGUCGGCCAAGGCUGCGCUGCGGGUCAUGGGCAGUUCAAGCUAUCAGCGUGCCGGCCUUGCCGGCCUUGCGGGUGCCUUUCCGCUUCGCAUCUCACUUGCCGACGCCAUCGAGGCCAACCGGACCCGUGUCGGGUACAACAUGUACGCGUCGGCCGGUGCCUCGGUUCUCCGGACCUCGAUGUCUGGUUUUGGCUUUGUCAACAUCAUUACCCAAUGGCAGCAGCUCAUGAUCGAAGUGGUGACGGCGCAGAACGCCUCUGUCGCCUCUGCCGCGAUCACCGCUGCGCUGCCGCAGCUCGAGGCGCUGCGUGUUGCCGCCGUCCUGAAGCGAGCGUCGGCGCCGCUCGCGUCGCCGCCAUCGGGCGCGUUCCGCAACCCGAUUGUCAUCACGCUCGAGACGCUCACCUCAUCUGCCGCCAUCCAUUACACCCUGGAUGGAUCGCUCCCAACCGGAGCCUCGCCCGUGUACUCGGAGCCGAUCAUGCUCUCGACCUCGGGCACAAUCGAUCUGCGCGCGGUUGCCAUCGCGCCCGGCCUCGGCAACUCGGAUGUGACCACGACAUCGUACAUCAUGGCACUCGAUGCGCCGAGCAAGUCGUCGAACACCGCACUCAUCCUUGCUGUUGUACUCUCGCUUGUUGCCGUCGCCGUCCUCGUCGGCGUCGCCGCUGGCUGCUUUUUUACCGGCGCAAGUCGGUGACCUACAAGCUCAGCUCCGACUCGGAGCUGGUAAUCGACGCCAACGAGCUGGUCAUCGGCUCUGCCGUUGGCGAGGGUUCGUUUGGCACCGUGUACGCUGGAACGUGGCGGGCCACCGCUGUGGCAGUCAAGCGGACGCGGUGCGUCGAGCUCUCGGGGCGGCAGCUGCGUGAGUUUGUGGACGAGGCGAGCAUGCUCAUGCGGCUUCGGCAUCCCAACGUUGUCAUUUUUAUGGGCAUCACCCUCGAGCCGCCGCAGCUGGUCACCGAGUUUAUGGACCGUGGCACGCUCUACGACGUGCUCCACGCGCCGGACCUCUUCCUCGACCCGUCGAUCAUGUUCAAGUGGGCGCAUAACAUGACCCAGGGCAUGCAAUAUCUCGCCCACGCCGGUGUCAUUCACUCGGACUUUAAGUCGCUCAAUGUGCUCUUCGACACGUCUUGGGUGCCCAAGAUUGCCGACUUUGGCAUGUCGUCGGUCAAGGCGGCGGCGGCCUCCGUCCCCACCGAAACGGCCAAGGACGAAAAGCUGGCCAAGGCCUCGUCCCGCAACGCCAUCAAUCCAGCUACCUCGGUUGCCUCGUCGGCGUUUUCGUCGCUUGGCACUGCAGCGGGUCACAAUGGUUCGCGGCAGAAUGUGGGCACGCUAUUCUGGACCGCGCCCGAAGUCCUCUCCUCCGGCCCGGAGAGCACGUCGUCCGCGUCGGACGCUUACUCGCUCGGCCUCACGCUGUACGAGCUGGCGACGCGCUCGAAUUUGUUCCCAGGUGAGAAUCCGCUCGCGGUGGCACUCGACGUAAUGGAUGGCCGCCGGCCGUCGCUGGACAAGAUCCUGCCUGGGCUCGCCCCGCUCGUCCCGCUCAUCACCCAGCUCUGGCGCCAGUCGCCCGGGGAUCGCCCAACCUUUGAUGCGCUGGCAGUCUCGCUCGCUGAGCUCUACUCGCCACAGGCUGUCGUCUACCCAUCGUCGGCCGAGGCGCCAUCGGGCAAUCUCGUUCUGUGCAAGGUGGUUUGCAUCCAUGCCACCCAGAUGCUGCUUGCCUCGCCGUCGUCGGCCGAGACGGCCUUUACCGCCUUUCAUACCAGUAUGGACAAGCUCGCUCGCCGAAUCGGCAUGGCCAAGAUCGACUGGGCCCUGGACUCGCAGACGCUCGCAGCCCAAGCGCCAGAGUGCAUCACCGCCUUCGUCUCUCAGAUUGCAGUAGUUGUCGAGGCCGCCGGCCCGGUCGCCGUCGUCUUUACUCGCGGUGAGGUGGCCAAAGCCGGCGGUAUGCUCACCGGCGACGGCAUUGUGCGCAUCGAGAAGUUGAUCUCCACCCUGUACUACGGUGAGCCGUAUCGGGUUGCGCCGACCACGCUCUCCGUCUUUAUCACCGCUGACAUUGUCUCGGAGAUCACGUCGUCGGUCUCGACGCACGGCCUCUCGUUUGUCGCCCCGGACGAGGUGCUGGACGACUCUGUGGUCCAGAUCCUCCGCAGCGGCGACGAGCCGUCGCCACUCGACACCGGCCUGCCCUCUCUGCCUAUGUCGCCCGAUGCGGCGACCGAGAUGGCCCGGCUCACCGUCAGCGAUUGGCUUGUUCCCCAGACCGACAUCGCUCGCUACUUGGCCGAGUCGACCGACUCGUGGAUGGGCUCGUACGCCAUGAGCCAUCCUGCCCGGCUCGCACCAGACGGGCCGAACGCUAUCGUCAAGGUCUUCCUUCGGCAAAAGCUUCCGGUCGCAGAUCUCAUCCUCACGGCUGUCCUUGCGGCGUCAGCCGCCAAGGCCGCGCUCAUGGACUCGUCAGGCCUGCUGGUGGGGCCGAUCCACGCCUGCUUUUCCCGCCCCUACAUCAGCCUCAUUUUCCCGGCCUAUCCGCGCGGCUCGCUCGCCGACGUGCUGUCAACCAUCUCGCCCGACAACGCCAUGACCGUUGCGAUCUCGCUCGCCGAGACUCUCGACGUCCUGCACAAGGUGACCAAGCGCGGCCACGGCGCGCUGCGCCCGUCCAACGUCAUCAUUGUCACCAACGAGACUGGCGACGCGACGAAGCCGGCCGUCCGGCUCAUCGACUAUGGCCUCUCAGCCAUCAAAUCCAACAUGGGUACCAUGACCAUGAUUCCCUCGGUCGCGUACAUGUCGCCCGAGGACAUCCGCGGCUCGGCAGCGACCAUCACCGGCGACAUUUUUGUGCUUGGCUCGCUCCUCUACGAGAUUGUCGCCCGUGAGCCGCCGUUCCAGGGCACCAACGCCCUCGAGGUCGGCUACCGCAUCUCAACCGGAUACCGCCCCGACGCCGCUGCCCGCAUCAGCGACGCCACCCUAGCCGACCUCAUCACUGCCUGUUGGUCUGACGACCCAGCUCAGCGCCCGUCGCUCGAGCAUAUCACCCACAUCCUUCGCACCUCGGUCGUGUCGUUCAAAGCCAAGCCACCGACGAGAAGGUAACAGCGUGACCUCAACUGCUCUGGCUCAUCGCCAUCAAUCGCAAUCUUCUAACAAAUGUGCCUUAAAGCUAUACAUCAGAUGCUAUCUA